AGAUCUUUCUCAACCUCUGCAUUUACAUAGAAAAACCUGCCUUCUACAGCAAAAGUAGUAACAUCUGUGGCUGUGUACAUCUGUGUGUCUGUGUGCUUAAAAGCCAAAGUCGUUCCUUUUCGUUUCAGUGUGCUGUGGGUACUCUAACACUGACCAUGCUGUUGCUCCUGUUGCUCCUGACAUCCACUAGUAAUGGUGAUGCCCAGCGUAUUCCUGGCUUGAAGAAGGAUGACUCAUGUUCAUGUCAGGUCAACAGUAGUGUCUGGGCAUUCCCUGCCAGGAAGUUUGAGGGGGCGCUGCAGCUGGUGCAGGACUGUGGCGACAACCUGCAAAGCCUCCAGGCACAGGUGAAGCUGUCCAACGAGAGGCUACCUGAGAUCCAGGCCACCAUUAAGAAUGUGACAGCUCGCCUGGAGCCGUACCAAUACCUGAACGACCAGGGUCUGUACACCGCCCUGCACCUGCGUCAGCUAGCUAAGGAACUGAGGGAGCUGGAGGAAGACAUCAGUUCCAUACACCAAGACAAGCCAAGUGAUCAGACUCAGAAACUGACCCAAGAGAUAGGUAAGGUACGUAAGGAGGUAGAUAAAAUGCAUUUGUCAAACACCUUUAACAUGAAGACGGUGAAGGAAAAACUCCGCUCGCUGAAGAAUGGCGUGGAGUCCUGCAGGACAAUCCCAGAGGAGUUCAUAAGCAAGCAAGGUGUUUGCUCUCAACGCAUCAUGUCCAACAUCAGCACCCCUGUGAUCACAAAGAUCAGCCCGUAUGGCAAAAGCUAUACAUCUGGGGCCUGGGGUCGCCAGGCCAAGCAGGUCAUGGAAGACCAGGAGGGCAGUGGGGUGUUCUACUGGAUUCAGCCCCUCGUGAACAGCCACAGACUGGGGAACAUCGUUCGACGCUACCGCUCCUACGACGACUUCAUGGCCUCCAAGAACCACGAGGAUGUGUCCGUGGCACCGUCCUACAGCCAUGCUAAUGCCAUCCAGGGCUCCGGCACGGUGGUGUAUGGUGAGGCAGUGUUUUAUAACUGCUACUACUCCCCUGAGCUGUGCCGCUAUGACCUACAAACCAAGGUCACAACUCGUCUGAAGAUCCCAGACAUCGGUACCAACAACGAGUUUCCCUACUGCUACUACAACUGUAAAGACUGGACAGACACCGACUUUGCUGCUGAUGAGACUGGCCUGUGGGUGAUCUACAGCACACGGGGUAACCAUGGGAACCUGAUGCUGAGCCGGCUAGACAGCGAGGCGUUCAACGUGACACACACUUGGACCACGCGCCUCUUCAAGAAGUCAGUGACUAACGCCUUCAUGGUGUGCGGAAUACUGUAUGCCACCCGUUACAUUGACCGGUUCCAUGAGGAGGUGUUCUAUGCGUUUGACACAGCGACAGGUAAAGACGACAACACCCUGGCUCUUCCCCUGGAGAAGAUUGAGAACGGUGUGGCCAGUCUGAGCUACAACCCCAUUGACAGGCAGCUCUACAUGUACAAUGAUGGUUACCUUCUGUCUUACCAAGCUAUCUUUUAAAGUCAACCUUGUACAUGAGGUAGAAACAGUGUAUACUGUGUGACAAAUCCCACAUUUUGCUGUUUUUCUGCUUGUCUUUCUAAACUUGACUUCUUCCUAAAAAAUAAAACCACAGCAAUGAGCCUCAAUUAUUUUGAUUUUAAUAAGAGUGGGUUUUAACUGUGUUGAGGCGCUAUAAAACACAAUUAACAGACUGAACUGAGCUCUAAAUUACUUUAUUCAGUCAAUCUUUUUUCUCAAUGGGGGCAUUUCACUUUCCUUUCCCCAAAGCUACUAAGGUAGACAUGUAACACACACACACAGAUGAUAUGAUCUCUCAGUGUAGUCUUGUUGUAUCCAUAAUAGUGCUCUUGUGCCCUGAAAAUAAAUACGUAGAAAUAUGA